GUAUGCAUACACGUCAUUUCCAUGACGGCACGGUGGCGCCAGAUUUCCCUCUAGGUAUUAUAGUGAGAAACUGUCUUUUAUACCGGAUUUGGUGUGUGCUGCUACAGAUAGUGCAGCUGGUUGUUUCUGCCAUUACCAAGACCAGUGUUCCCUACCUCGUGUGCACAAUGACAAGCCAUUGAAGCAUUGCAGCUGUCCAGCAAAUGCAGAUGCUGCAGUUACAGGAAGGAUACCGCCCCGUUGUAACUACUGUGUCUAUGAGAUGGAUAAACUGUGACCUGAAGUGCUCACCAGGAUCCAUGCAGGCCAGAGUGUGUUUGAAUUCCAUUUGUGCCCUCGGAACUUCUCACGAACGUUCAAGUUGAAGCAACACCUUCACACUCACACAGCCAAAAGGCCAUUUCAGUGCCCGCAGAGCUUUUCACAAAAAGUUAACCUAAAGCAACACCUGUGCAUCCACCGAAGAGAAAUGCCAUUUCAUUGCUAUUUAUGCCCUCAGAGCUUCUCACGAACGAGUGCUCUCAAGGACCACUUACACACCCACACAGGUGAGAGGCCAUUUCAGUGCCCUUCGUGUCCUCAAAGCUUCUCACGAAAGAGUGCUCUGAACGAGCACCUGCACACCCACACAGGCGAGAGGCCCUUUCAGUGCCCUUCGUGUCCUCGAAGCUUCUCACGAAAGAGUGGUCUUAACCAGCACCUACUCACCCACACAGGUGAGAGGCCAUUUCCGUGCCCUUCGUGCCCCCAAAGCUUUUCACAAAAGAUUCAUCUGAACCAACAUCUGCGCACCCACACAGGCGAGAGGCCAUUUCAGUGCCCUUCAUGUCCUAUAAGCUUUUCAAGAAAGGAUACUCUGAACCAGCACCUGCACACCCACACAGGCGAGAGGCCAUUUCAAUGCCCUGCGUGCCCUCAAAGCUUCUCACAAAAGAGUAAUCUGCGCUCGCAUCUGCGCACCCACACAGGCGAGAGGCCAUUUCACUGCCCUGUGUGCCUUCAGAGCUUCUCACAUGAGAAUUCUCUGAACCAACACCUGCGCACCCACACAGGAGAGAAGCCAUUUCAUUGUGCUUCAUGCCCUCAGAGCUUCUCACAAAAGAGUAGUCUGAACCAACACCUGCGCACCCACACAGGCGAGAAGCCAUUUCACUGCCCUUCAUGCCCUCGAAGCUUCUCACAGAAGAGUGAUCUGAACCGACACCUGCGAACCCACACAGGCGAGAAGCCAUUUCAGUGCCCAUUAUGCCCUCAUAAAUUAUCACAGAAGAGUGAUCUGAACCAGCACCUCUGCACCCACACAGGCGAGAAGCCAUUUCAAUGCCCUUCGUGCCCUCAGAGCUUCUCGCAAAAAAGUACUCUGAACCAACACCAACGCACCCACACAGGCGAGAAGCCAUUUCAAUGCCCUUCAUGCCCUCAGAGAUUCUCGUAUAAGAAUGUUCUGAAGGUACACCUGCGUACCCACACAGGAGAGAAGCCAUUUCAAUGCCCUUUAUGCCCUCAGAGAUUAUCACAGAAGUGCCAUCUGAACCGGCACCUGCGUACCCACACAGGCGAGAAGCCAUUUCACUGCCCUUCGUGCCCUCAGAGCUUCUCGCAAAAGAGUACCCUGAAACAACACAUGUGCACUCACACAGGUGAAAAGCCGUAUCAAUGCCUUGCAUGCCCUUUGAGCUUCUCAAAGAAGAAUCUUCUGAACCAGCAUCUGCACACCCACACAGGAGAGCCCAUAUCAGUGCCUUGCACGCCCUCUGAGCUUCCCACAGAAUAUUCUGAACCAACACCUGCAUACUCACACAGGAGAGAAGCCAUUUCAGUGCCCUUUAUGCCCUCAAAGCUUCUCACAAAAGACGACAUGGAAGGUUCACCUGCACUGUCACUAAUGUGAGAGGCUGUUUCAAAGCCGUUCAUGCCCUGAGAACUUCUUGUGGAAGUCUAUUAAACCAACAGCCUCGCAUCCAUUCAGGCGGGUAGCCAUUUCAGUACCCUGCAUGCACUCAGCAAUCCUCAAAAGUCUUUACUGAAGAAUGACGUAUGCAUCCACUCAGCAAGAGGCCAUGUCAGUGCUCUUCAUGUACUCGGAGGUGCUCAUGGAAGUUCGCACUGAACUUCACUUCUGCUAAUGUGAGAGGCUGAUUCAGGGCCCUUCAUGUGCUGAGAAUUUGUCGUGGGAGUCUGUACUGCACCGACACGCGCUCGUCCACACAAAUUCCGUGGUGAAGGAUCACUUGUGUAUCCACUAUGGUAGACGCCUUGUCAGGGCUCUUCAUGUCCUCAGAGUUACUUGCAGAAGUUCGCACUGAACUGAUCGACACAUGCACAACCCACAUAAGCGAGAAGUUGUUUCAGUGCCACUUAAACUGUCAAACCGUCGGACACCAAAGCCACCUCAAUAGGCACCUUGCCAUCACAAGUGCACCUGACACAUGUGGUGCAGCAGUGCUGAGUUGUGUGCACUCCUCAUUGUUCCUUCUUGCUUUUCAUGUUUUCCUUAGUUUUUUCAUGGAAUCUCAGCGUAUGUGACACCUGUAGUUCUAUACUAGCAUGAAUCAUUCUAAGUCUUCACUUUUCAUUAUUAGGAUGUUUGAGCUCUUUGUCUUGCAGACAAGCACUUCUUUCUGCAUUGAAGCGUUUAACUGCUCUUUACUGAGUUGUGUGAGUUUGUUUCAGUGCACUAAAUAAAAUUUGGGAUAGGGUUCUGCGAAUUAUCGAUAUUUCAAUACUUGCACUAAUAGCAUGUGAUGUUUCAAUUCAUUCGCAUUUAUUGUGCUGAACAGUUCAAGAGAAUUCAGUGGCUAUUUGCUGUUGCUAUGUAAUGCAGUUAAAACAACCUUUUCUCAGAAAUUGAAAUUAUGCAAUUAUUAUGUGCUUUUUUAAUUGCUACUAAGAUUCAAAUCGUUUCAGUAGUGCUAAAUGUACUGGUAUUAAAUUUGUUUGCUCGUAAAGAACUGUGCAGACCUUUGAGAACCUUGAAAGUUGCUUCAUAAUAAAACAUUGUUUUCAUGGA